CGUCCUUCGUCGCGAUGGUCGAUCGGCUGCGGCGGCCGACCAAGCGACCACGCGCCGCCAGGGCGCGCGCUUGAAGCACGAGUCGCUUCUGCUGGCCGGGGCGCCGGGCGGCAGGGAGGGCUCGGGUGGGGGCCCCGCCGGACCUGGGGCACCACAAGGACGCGGCCCAGAUGUCCGCCCUGAGGCCGUGGCUGCGCACGGGGCUGGACCGGAGCCUCGGCCCGUGGAUGGACAGCGCUGCUGGAGGCGGCUCGGCCGGCCUGGCCCUCAGCUCCUCGAGCUUCCUGGCGGGCAGAGGCAGGGGCCUGAACGACGACUCCCGGGGCAGCAGGAUGACGCUCCGCGACACUGUGCAGAAGCUGAACAGGCGCGUCAGCCAAGACUGGGAGGGCACGACGGUGUCUGUCGCCGCCACGGACCAGGACGUCCUGCAGGUCGCCUUCCACCUGGGCACCGUGGAUGCCGAGCACGGCGUCCACGCCUACAUGCACGUCCUGUCCAAAGACACCGCCGUGCUCGGCCAGCUCGGGCUCCGCAAGGCCAGCCAAAGCUGGGGCGUGCGGCGGGACUUCCCCUCGCGCGUCCCGCGGGAGGAGACAGACGUCGACUCGUGGCUCCUGUUCUCGUUCGUACCGAAGUGGGUGGCCACCCGCCCCGCCGACGCGCUCCACGUCGUGCGCCCGCGCACGGGCGGCUCCCCGUCCCGCACGAGCCCGGCUGGGACGAG